AUGUGGCCAGGCCAGGCUCGAGGGCCACUAUCGCUCAUUUCUGCAAUGUCUCCUUCACCUUCCCUUAUCAUUAUUGUUCCCGAAAACAUCAGUGAAGAAGAAAUCGAAAACAAUAUUCUGGCCGGGGUGAACGUUGAGCAGAGCAAAGAUAUUCCCCUGCAAAGAGAUGCAGUUCACACUACACCUAGUAAAGAAGAGACCAGAAGGCCAGUUAGCAGCAUUGGUAGUGCUAUUAGUACAAACAACGGAGGUAAAGAACCUGACAACAAGCAGAUGGUUGGCUUCUUGAUCGGAGCGUUGACGGGUGUCAUAUUGCUUCUUAUGGCAGCGAUAUCGUUCAUUGUCUUCAGGCAGAGGAGGCAGAAGGCGGGCCAGCCUCAACCAACAGAUGACUUCCAGAUUGAGAAAAAUGAGAUCCAGGUGAGAUGUAAGGUGAACUCUAAUGGACACGUUUAUGGUCAGGUUUCUAUAGAAGAUCCGGAGAAGAGCAUCCUAUACCACGAGCCUUUCAUGAACCACAUGAACCUCUGCAGCUUCCAGGGCGCUAACCAGCCUCCUCAGAGGAACUUGAAUAACCCUGAUUAUUCUGAAGACUAUGCUGUACCUCUUGUUGGUAACACAAUGCCACCUGGAUUUCACGCUAGUAAUAUUCCUCCUACACCAAUGAGGACAUUACCGCCACUUCAUAACUUCUUUCCUAGUCCUCCUCCAGUACCUCCUCCGCCAGAGAAGUAUUAUGCAGCCACUGAAAUCUGUCAGAAGCCACCACCACCGUUAUCAUCCCCUCCAUCAGUUGCUGCCAGUAGUUCUACUUCGUCUUAUGGUCAACUGGUCACUUCGACUGAAGGUGAAGGCGACCGAACCCUCAGAGAAAUAUCUAGAAGGGAUCUUAAAUAUGUCAGCAAGUUAGGUGUUGGACAAUUCGGAGAGGUCCAUUUAUUUGAAUGGGUAAAGAUGCCACAAUGGCUUAAGCCAAACUCUUGUAAAUCCAUAGUAGUAAAAGUACUGCGGAAAGGGUCUUCUGAGAAAUUAAGGGAAGACUUUCACCAAGAAGUAGACGACUUGUUACCACUGCAUCAUGAAAACUUAUCAAGGGUUCUUGGUGCUUGUUUAGAAGUUGAACCAUUACUUUUAGUAUUGGAAUACACAGAGUAUGGAGACUUAUACCAAUUUCUUCAAAAUUAUGUCGCAGAAAGUGCUGGGCUUUCAACCAAUGCUAACGUUUUGAGUUAUGGAUGCCUUAUAUACAUGGCAACGCAAGUAGCAGCUGGUAUGAAAUACUUAGAACAACAGAAAUUCUUAGUCUUGGAUUUAGCUGCUAGGAAUUGUAUAGUUGGGAAUGAUUACAGUGUUAAAAUAGCCGAUUUAGGAAUCGGCAGAAGUGUUUAUCCAGCUGAUUAUUUUGAACUUCCAGGAAGAGGAGCUUGCCCUGUUCGAUGGAUGUCCUGGGAAAGCGUUCUACUGGAUAAGUACACCCUUAAGAGCGUAGUUUGGUCAUUUGCUGUAACUCUUUGGGAAAUUCUCACAUUUGCUCGUGAACAACCAUUUGAAGAUCUUACCGAUGAAAAAGUUGUAGAAAAUGCAAAACUAUUUGAAAAGCCAACUGGAAAACCUAUGCUGUUACCUCAACCAUAUAACUGCCAUAAGGAAAUCUACGAUCUCAUGUGCGAAUGUUGGCAAAGAAAAGAGUUGGACAGGCCAUCAUUCAAAGAAAUUCAUAUGUUCCUGCAGAGAAAAAAUUUAGGAUAUAAGCAUAACAUUAGGAAAAGUUAGGUAGAGGAACCAGAGUAUAUCUCAAUCAUAUUGGGAUUACACGUUGAAAAUUUGUGAUAAUUUAAACGUAUUCUGUAGUGUGAUUAUGUGGCAUAGAAAUAGAAAUCUCAAAGUUUGUUAAUGUUCAUAUUCUUAUCUGUAUAAAAAUACAUAAAUAAAAAAAAAAUGAAUCAACAAAUUUAAGAUCUAGAAAUAGGUAUUUUAUUUUUGUUGUCAUUUUUGAAAGUUCAUAUGAAUAAUUAUGAGUAAAUGCUUCAGCUUUUGUUCUUAAACUAAGUAUUACUAACAACUGUACAUUAAAAUUUACAAUAUAUUUAUUUGGUACAAAAUUUAUCUAUUAAAUUUAUUCGUUAUAAAUUAUUUCAAAUGAUUUACUUGUCAAAAUGUGUACACUAUUUUUGUUGUUAUUUGGAAUACUCAACAUUUAAAUAGUGCUUUCAUUUUAUAUUCUAAAUAUAAUAAUUAUUUUUAAUACAAAUGAUAUAUUAAUUCAUAUCGGCUUAGUAUUUUUUUUUAAAUUAUCUGCUAAAUGACUAUGUGAAAAACUAUUUUAUGAAAAGCUAUAUUUUACAAAGUCAUGUAUUUAAAAUUUUUAAGUACCAUGCGCUACUUUAUUUGACAUCUUUAGAUAGCUAACAAAAACUGUUGAGUAAUUUAGUGUAGAUGAUGAUGGUCAAUCAUUUGAUUUUAUUUUGCUCAAACAUAAAUCGUUUACAAUCAAACAUCACUAUUCCAGGUAAAAAUCAGCAAGGAUAGAAAGUAUUCUGUAUAAAAUAAGUUAUUAAAUUUCUAUUCAAAACUUUUUAUGUUUUAUCUAGUUUAUGUUUAUCAUCCCCAAUCGUUAUUAUGCCUAUUUUGUGUGUAUAAAAACACUUAGUAGUGGCGAUCAAAUUCUUUUAUUUUAAUAAACUAUUUUUUAAAAAUUGUGAUGCUUAAAAGAACUUGUUUAUAAUAUAUUUAUUAGAAAAAAAAAUUUGUUGUAAUUACACUACUAUCACAAAAAUGCAUAUCAAAAAUAAAAUCGGCUUGCGAUUUGAAAAAAUUUUCUUUAGAACAGUUAAUUUUUGAGAUCAUUAUUCUCUUUAAAUUAUCAAAAAUGGGAAUUUCAUUAUUGAUGAAAAAUAAUAAUUUAAACAUUUUUUAUUUAUGAAAUAUAUCUGUUUUGUAUAAAAUAAAAUUGAUGCCCUCAUUAGAACAACAAAAUAAGCCCAUUUUGGUUAAAAUCAAGUACACUAAAUAACCUUACAGCUAACUACGCUGUAAAAAAAAGCUGUCCCUUAUUUCUUCUGAAUAACCAUCAAAUUAUAAAUGAAUCACGCAGAAUAAAUUAAAUUGAAUGUUUUUUUUCAUGUUUGUAAACUCAGGAAUACUUCCAGUUAUUUUCAGUAUUGACUCUAAUGGUGAAUAUAUCUCUAUAUUCGGCUUAGAUUUUUGUUAAAAAUGAAAAUAUUUGUUUGCACCAAAUGGCUACAAUACACACUAUUUAUAUACAUUACAAUGUGCAGAAAUUUUUAUUUUACAAUUUUCAAUGUUAUGUUAUUCUCUGACUGUACUCUAAAAUAGAAUUUCUGAUCUUUUUUGCUUUGAGCUCAUUUUAUUUUAAUAUAUUACGAGUAAGGAAACUCUGAAACGAUCUAACCUACUUUAUUACAAUAUACAUUUUUAAUACACAAUUCUCUAUAAAAUUAAUUGCUGAUCAGCGACUAAAAUAGCUGCCUGAUUAAAUAAUGGUUUAUAUUUCGAAAUUCUAUCUGAAAGAACAUAAUGAUUAAUUUGACAUGAAGUACUUUGCAUUUAUGUAUGCAUCACUAAUUAGUAGAUAUAAGUUGUCUUUCCAAUUGUAAUAUUAUUUCUUUUAAAUUAAGAGUGAAAUGAACCAAAUUUCAUGACUGACAAUUCUUGUUUCACUUUCCUUAUUAAGUAAAUGUAUAUAUGAUAUCUGAAAACUUUGUAAAUAUGUAUUGUUUGUAUGUUUGAAUGUAAAUUGUAUAUCAGAAUGAAUUUAUAAAAGUUAAAUAGUAUUGUAAAUAUUAUUAAAUAACUUAUUUUAAUAAUUAUUUUAUGUAAAAGAAUGGUGUAAAAAAAAUAUAUAUGUAUAGAAACUAUUUGCUUUUGGGAGGUGAACAUUUAUCGUUGAGUAAAAACUAAAAUAAAAAUAUUAAAUGUUGAAAAUAAAUUAUAAAUGUAAUCCAAUUGCUCUUUUUAUGCUCUUACGUGAGCGCUAAGCUGUAAAAAGAAUUGUGUCAUUGUUGUACAUAAUUAGGAUAUGGUAAAAAGCUUUAAUUAUGUUUCCUUUUUAAUAUUGAUGUAUAUAUUGUAAUUAGUAUGUUCUCACUAAAUUUUUAGAUUACCAUUGUUGACAAUACACAUCAAUCUAAAGAUUAAAUACUUUCUUUUUCAACUAAUAACUUCUUAUUGUUAUUAAUUAAUGUUUUUGAAGAAUGUGAUUAAAAUAAAUUUUUUACCUAUAAAAAAAAUAAAGAGCUGUUUGAUUUUUAUGUACUAUAAUAUUUAUUGACUCGUUGUAUUUUUACCUGACCUUUAAUGAAGUUAUCAUCAUUAUCCAUACCAGACACACCUUGAUGCAGUACUAUGGAAAUAAUCCAAGGUGGUUGAGAUCAAAUACCCCUUGGAUUAUUGGAAUAUGUUGAGGAAUAAAAUAAAUCUUUGAAUAAAAUCAGAUUAAAGUGUAUUACAGUGUAUUUUUUAAUAACAUUUUCUAACAUUCAGAAAAUUGAAUAAUUUGAGCUUAUUUUCUUGAUCUACAAAUGUUUGUUUAUUAAAUCCUUUAAAAAAUGCAUUUUUCUUUUCCAUUUACCCUUCACAAGGGUUAUUUACUUAAUUGUUUAAUAUUUUAUUCUUGAUCACUCCCUAUAAUUCUAAAUAGGAACAGCCAUUAAUUUUUUCUAUUUCUUUAUACAUAAAAAUAUAAUUUUAUACCAAGUUAC